UCAUCCCAAUCCCAUCCCAUCCCAUCAUCCCUUUCUUUCUCCUAGCAUUCUUUCGUUCUUUUCAAACAUCUCAUCUUCUUUUUGCUUUUCUCAUUGCAACCCACCUGACCACCAUGAAUGCUUUAGCGAGUGGAAGAUUUGUCCAAAGGACAAUCUUGACAAGGUUUUGCAACUCUGCCUGCCACGAGGUGAUUACUAAGUUGGAUGAGAAGGACCAAAAGGCUAGUGUUGAGAUGAAGAAGGUCAUCACAUUGGUUAUCACUAAGAUGAAAAAGGUUGUCAUACCAAUACAAGGUGAAGUAUGGGUGUUUGUUUGGGAAGACCGCCUCACCAUUGAAGUUGAGACUUUGGUUUUAAAGUUGAUGGGCCAAGUUAUGAGGAAAACAGAUGAGCUAGCUCACAUAAGAGCUAAAAUGAAGGAUAUGCAAGCCAUUCAAAAAAAAGGGGCAUCAUUUGGUUCAAAAAUUGGAGUUAAGAACACUAACAAUGGAGGUGAUGCAGACGACAAUUGCAGUGGAGGUGACGUUAGAAGCAAUGGUGGUGGUGGUGGUGGCUGGGGAUUGGCGGGCAUGUUGAAGAGUCUAUGUAUUUUUAACUCAAACAAGAAAGUCAAGUGAUUUUAACCCAAAUAGAAAAACCUAAGCGUUUUUUAUCUAAACAAAGAAGUUUGGGUAUUUUAACCCAAAUGUGUGAAAAGUCCAAGUGUUUUAAACCCAAACAGAAUUGUUUGAGUAUUUUUAACUCAAAUAGAAAAGGCUAAGUAUU